AUGCAUCCGUUGGGCUGGUUUUCGACGUUGUUGCUCCCGGCUUCGUGCUGGGCGGCACCUGUGCAGCAACAUCCGCUUGUUCAUGCGAAGAGUCCCUAUAGGAAGGACUUUCGUGAUCCGUAUGAUCACAAGAUUAAUGCUGUUGGGAGGGGAUUGCAGCCUGAGCCUAUGGGCAAUGGCAAGGGAACGACCGUUUUGGGUCCUCGCAAUCGGGAUAGGGAGAGGCAGAAUCCGGAUAUGAUCCGGCCGCCGUCGACUGAUCAUGGAGACUUCAAGAACAUGAGAUGGAGCUUUGCAGACUCUCAUGUGCGUAUCGAAGAAGGUGGCUGGACGAGACAGACCACCAUCAAGGAGCUGCCGACAUCCAUCGAACUGGCCGGAGUGAACAUGCGACUGGACGAAGGUGUCAUCCGCGAGCUGCAUUGGCACAAGGAAGCCGAGUGGGCCUACGUUCUCGAGGGCGAAGUGAGAGUCACCGCGCUCGACACUGAAGGCGGCAGCUUCAUCGACGACGUUGGGAAGGGAGAUCUUUGGUACUUCCCUGCCGGUCACCCACACUCAUUGCAAGGUCUCGGCCCCAAUGGUACAGAGUUCCUUCUGAUCUUCGACGAUGGCCGCUUCUCUGAGGAAUCGACAUUCCUGCUAACGGAUUGGUUGGCACAUACCCCACAAGCCGUCGCAGGCGAAAACUUCAGACUCGCCCCCGAAGUCUUCAACACUCUCCCCGAAAACGAGAAAUACAUCUUCCAAGGCUCCCUCCCAGACUCCAUCGACAAAGAGAAACCCAAGUCAUUCAAAAAGUCCAAGCUGAACUUCACCCACAAGAUGCUCGCCCAAGAACCGGUCAAUGCUACAGGAGGCCAAGUCCGUAUCACCGACAGCAAAAAUUUUCCGAUUUCGAAGACCGUGGCGGCCGCCCAUCUCGACAUCGAGCCUGGCGCCAUGCGAGAAAUGCACUGGCAUCCCAACGCAGACGAGUGGUCUUUCUUCAUCAAAGGCCGCGCUCGCGUGACGAUCUUUGGCGCCCAGGGCACCGCUCGAACAUUCGACUACACCGCCGGCGACGUAGGGAUCGUGCCGAAGAACAUGGGUCAUUUCAUUGAAGCUAUCGGUGACGAGCCGGUUGAAGUUCUGGAGAUUUUCCGAGCGUCGGAGUUCUUGGACUUCUCGCUUUUCCAGUGGUUGGGCCAGACGCCACAGAGGAAUGUGAAGGAUCAUCUGUUCAAGGAUGAUCCGAAGGGGGCGGCGAAGUUCGAGAAGGCGAUUGAGGGGGCGGAGAAGGAUGUUAUUAAGUCGGAAUUUGAAGGCCAUGACUAUAGUAGUACGCUGCAGUCGGUGUUGGGGAAGUAG